AUGACUCAGGAAAAGGAUGAUAUUAUUACUUACGACUACAUUGUAAUUGGUGGCGGUACGAGCGGUGCGGUUGCAGCUCGACGUUUGGCAGAAGGAGAUACAAACUCUAGUGUAUGCCUUCUCGAAGCUGGUCCAAGUCAUGAAGAAGUCAUUCAUGGUCGUAUACCUGGUAAUUGGGUUUUGGGUAAAGAGAAGUCACACGACUGGAACUAUGAUACUGUUGCUCAGAAAGGUUGCAAUAAUCGUAUUAUAAGCGCACCACGUGCUCGUUUUCUUGGUGGAUGCAGUGCAAUCAAUGGUACAUUGCUUAUUCGGGGCACCAAAGCAGACUAUGAUCGUAUCGCAGCCAUGGGGAACCCAGGAUGGAGUUGGGAAGACAUGUUGCCCUAUUUCAAAGCAUCUGAGACGUUCCAUCCAGCUGAAUGGCACCAGUCAGACUUGACUGUUCAUGGUACUAGUGGACCACUGCAUACCGAGCCGUAUCCUCAUGCACCUAUCUCUGAAAAAGUUAUUGAAUCAUUUAUUGACAGUGGCUUUGAGUACAAACCCGAUAUGUUUGUACAGGGUGACUAUGAAGGUGUUGGACAUGCUGUACGCACAGCUUACAAAGGUAUUCGAAGUACAAGUGCGGACUUUAUUCUUCAUUACGAGAAAACAAACCUUACAGUACGAACAGGUAUCUAUGUCGACCGAAUCAUUCUGGAACAAAACAAUGUGAACAACAAAGAAAAACGUGACUACAAAGCAGUCGGAGUAGAAGCACAUUAUGAUGCAACUGGACAAUCGAUAAUCAUCAAAGCAAGAAAGGAAAUUAUUCUAAGUGCUGGUGCUUAUAAUUCUCCAAUGGUUUUAAUGUAUUCUGGUAUUGGUCCAGCAGAACAUCUAAUUGAAAUGGGUAUCAGUUGUAAGGUUCUUACAUCUUAUCAAGUAAAUGAUUCAAAUCUUACGCUUGAUCGAUUUGUCUAUUAUCAUCCAGACGCUCUUGCAUUAUCAGUCAAAGAAUGGAAUAAAACGAAAACAGGAUUCCUGGCAGGACUGCCAUUUGGUCCCUUUGCUCUAAAGCGAAUCGACAAGACUAUUCAAGAUCCUGUUUGGGAAGCUGCAAAGCUCGAGAAACAAAAGACUCAACCAUUAGAGUACGAUCCGACUGGACAAUGGCCAAAUCAACCUCAUAUCGAGUUCUGGACAUCAGAAUUGUACGUUUAUAUUCCUAGCUGCCCACAAGCAGAUGAGCUGCCACACAAUCCUGUAGAAGGCGAAGGAGGUAUUGGACUAUAUGUUCUUCUAUGUGGGCCACAAGCAAGAGGUACUGUACGACUCUCGUCCAAGGACCCAACAUGCAAACCCAUCAUCGAUCAUGCCUAUCUUGAAAAUGAUCUCGAUGUAGCUGUACUUGCUGAAGGUUGUCGAAUCGGACACGAAGUGUUAAUGAAAGGCCGAGGAACAAAAAAUAUCGUUGUUGGUCCAUGGCCGAAAACCAUAUCCCAUCCAAAGGAUCUGGCUGAUUGGAAAACGCAUGUACGAGCUGUUGCUAGCACCUGCUUUCAUCCAUGUGGUACAUGUAAAAUGGCACCUGACACUGACCCUAUGGGAGUGGUCGACAAUCAACUUCGUGUACGAAACGUUGAGAGUUUACGAGUGGCAGAUGUAUCCAUUCUACCUUUAAUAAACAAUGGACAUACACAAGCACCUGCAUAUGCCAUUGGCGAAAAACUCGCACAUAUGGUUUUGCAAGACACUACUGUUGCAUGCUAG